GUGUCCCUGCGCGCGCUGUCUCUUUAAGGUUAGUCUCGUGCCGCGCGCUGUCUCUGUACGCUGAGCUCAGCGCGCGUCGCGUCUUAAUUACAGCGCGGAGCUCGCGCAGAACAGGUGCAUCACGCGUCUCCAACGGACACGUUCGUGCAGGCUGCAGAAAUGGACCAGCAAGUCUCGCGCUUAGUUAUUUUCACCAAUAUUUGCGUUCAUCUCGAAUCCUGAUCUGAUCUCCAUGUGUCCAAGACUGUAAUCCAACAGUAGUUUUAGUGUAAAAGAUGCGCUUUUCUCUAAAUGCGACAGGUUCGGCUUGUGUGCGGUUUUUUUGGGUUGUUGUCACGCGCGCGCUUAUAAUUAUGGGACGUGGCGCUUUCGGGGUUUGUUCACGCGCGUUAUUCUGCAAUCAUCACGCAAUCAGCACUCUGGUGAUAGAAUAAUUCACUCAAACAACCCGGACGAGCGGAACAAUGGCGUUGCGGGUCAGACAAAGCUUCCUGCUGGUUUUCAUUCAGAUCUGUUUAUGCUCAGGCUCUCGGUUGCGUCUGGAGGACAGUCCGCCUCGGAUCGUGGAGGACCCAUCUGAUUUGAUUGUGUCUAAAGGUGAACCAGCCACGCUGAACUGCAAAGCAGAGGGCUGGCCUACACCCAGUGUGGAGUGGUACAAAGAUGGAGAACAUGUCGAGACGGAUAAAGAUGACCCACGUUCACACCGCAUGCUGUUGCCCAGCGGCUCGCUCUUCUUCCUGCGCAUCGUGCAUGGCCGCCGCAGCAAGCCGGACGAAGGCGUCUACACCUGUGUGGCCCGUAACUACCUCGGCGAGGCAGUGAGUCGUAACGCCUCCUUGGAGGUGGCCACCCUGAGAGAUGAUUUCCGCCAGGCCCCGAGUGAUGUGGUGGUCGCUGCCGGUGAACCUGCUGUGCUGGAGUGCAUCCCACCACGCGGUCACCCGGAGCCCAGCAUCUCCUGGAAGAGGAACAACGUCCGAGUGAGCGACACAGACAGCAGAAUCUCUAUGCGCGGUGGCAAGCUGAUGAUCUCACACACCCGGAAGAGUGAUGCAGGGAUGUAUGUGUGCGUGGGAUCCAACAUGGUGGGUCAAAGGGACAGCGAUCCGGCCGAGCUGGUGGUUUUCGAGAGACCGGUGUUCAUCCGUAGGCCGGUGAAUCAAAUAGUGCUGGCAGAGGAUACAGUGGACUUCCUGUGCGAGGUCCAUGGAGAUCCGGCUCCCACAAUCCGUUGGAGGCGUGAAGGAGGAGAGCUGCCUCGUGCCAGAUUUGAAAUCCGCAGUGACAACACUCUCCGUCUGCUGAAGGUGCGAGAGGAGGACGAAGGGACGUACACUUGUGUGACAGAAAACAGCGUAGGGAGAACCGAGGCUUCGGCGACGCUGCAGGUCCACGUCCCCCCGCAGAUUGUCCUCCAGCCCCAGGACCAGGUCUCAGCCCAAGGACAGACUGUCACUUUCCACUGUGGCACAAAAGGCAACCCUCCUCCAGCGGUUUUCUGGCAGAAAGAAGGGAAUCAGAUGCUGCUAUUCCCAGGGCAACCUCCCUCUCAGGCUGGACGCUACUCCGUGUCCAUGAGCGGUGAGCUAAUCAUCACUGCUGUCCACAGUGAAGAUUCUGGCUACUACAUCUGCCAAGCCAUCAGCGUGGCAGGAAGCACUGUCUCCAAAGCCUUCCUGAAGGUAGUCACUGGUCCCUCAGACCUCAUUUCCCCAAUCAUCCACCAAGGCCCAGGUAACCAGACGCUGGCACGGGGCUCCAGUGCCAAGCUCCAGUGCCAUGUAAUGGGCAUCCCACCUCCCAGCAUCAGGUGGGAGAAGGACGGACAGAGACUCUCGGCAGAUGGCGUCCACGUCACUUUGAUUGAAAACGGCACUUUACACAUCAGCAGCCUGCAGGAGACCGACUCAGGGAUGUACACGUGUGUAGCCUCCAGUUCCGCAGGAGAGACGAGGUGGAGUGGUGCCAUCACAGUGAGAGAGACGUCAUCCCUCGUGCGGCUCUCACAGACCCUGCAGCUGCCUGGUCCCCCGCUGAAGCCCGCUGUGACCGACGUGAGCCAGAGCAGCGUCACACUGACGUGGCAACCCAACCAGCACGAAGGAGGCGCUGCUGUCACCUCCUACAUUAUCGAAGCUUUUAGUCAGUCAGUGGGAAACACAUGGCAGACCGUAGCAGAUCAAGUGAAGCAGGAGAAACACACAGUGACUGGUCUCUUCCCCAACACUGUGUACCUUUUCAUUGUUCGUGCGGUGAACUCGUACGGCCUGAGCGACCCAAGCCCCAUCUCAGAGCCUGUAAGAACACAAGAUGGCAGGCCUAGCAGUUCACCAAUCGAUCCCAGGCGCAUACAGGCGGAUUUAGCAGAGGUCAUGGUGUAUCUGCAUCCUCUAGAGAUAAUGACUCCCACCAGCAUACAGAUCACAUGGACUGUUGAGCGUGAGCCUUACUACCUUCAGGGUUACAGGCUGCUGUACAGGCCGUCAGGCAGCGCCUGGCUGCUUCAGGACAUAAAGGCAGGGUCCAAACACACAGCAGUGUUAUCAGAGCUGCGCAGAGGCACAGAGUACGAGCUCAAAAUGAGACCCUACUUCAAAGAGUUCCAGGGCUCUGACAGUGAGCUAGUAGUGUUUCGCACCCCAAAGGAAGUGCUAAGUGCCCCCCCUCAAGCUGUCACUGUGGUCCAGUUGGAUAACAGCUCCACAGUGCGAGUGUCCUGGGAGCCACCUAUCAGUGAUAUCCAGGAUGAGCCCAUUUUGGAGUACAGGGUGUGGUGUGUAGGGAAUGUGUCUGGACUUCAGAUGCAGUUAAACCAAAGCGUGAGCGGGGACGUCCUCCACGCGCUUAUAAAUGAGCUGGUGCCCGAGAUGCUGUACAGCGUGCAGGUGGUUGCAGUGACCAGCGCAGGAGCUGGAGAACCCAGCGCGCCAGUAUUUAUUCUCAUCACCCCUGUGGGUGAGCCCUCAUUGCCUGUGCUGAACGAUGACAGCAGCAGUCUUUCGGAGCACAUCUCGAUACUGUUCAGACAGACAGCUUUUAUUGCUACUCUGGGUUCAGCCUGCUGGAUGGUGCUGAUGGGCUUCAGUGCCUGGAUCUACUGCAGACACAAGAGAAAGAAAGAGCUUGGCCAUUAUGCUACUUCUUUUGCCUACACACCUGCUGUCGGCCUCUCCAACAGUGACAGGGCAGGACUUAGCAACGGAAGGCCAUGCUUGCUUGGAUCCAACAUGGCUAACUACCCCUGGCUGGCGGAUUCUUGGCCGAACAGCAACUUUAACCAGAGCAAUAAAGAUUCCAUGAAUUGCUGCACUGGCAAACACGACUCCACUGACAGAUACUGCAACACUGCAGGGACAAGCAUCCUGGGGCCAAACCAAAUAUACAGCCCAACAUCCAACGAAGGAGCCAUCUACAGCACUAUAGACAGAGCUAGCGAGUCACAGCAUGACCUGAGUAGUGUUUACUCACAUGACCUCUACACAAGCUCACCAGUCCUGUCCAAACCUGACCUCGACCAGUGGAGCUUACAGUCUGACCUCAGCUCAGCUGAAUAUGCCCAGCUCCAGUACCCAAGGACAGGCGACGAUAUUAUGGAAAUGCAGAAGCCUUCUGAGUCAGCGACGUAUAACUGGUCCAAUGUUCUGUCCCUGCCGCCGCCAAACACACGAGAACAGAGACAGCAGCCCAGGUGUGAGGAUGAAGAAGACUGGUGUGCUCCUCUGCCGGAGAGGACCUAUCAAAAGGAUGGUAUGGAGAACGCUGCCACAUUGCCUCUGAGAGGGGAGCGCUGUGGGCGAGCUACCACCUACAACCAGCCGUUCACAGCAACCCUAAACCCGUCUCCCAGUGAGGAACUAAUGCCAGUUAAUCCAUGUUUGCAGCAUCCUGACCUACUGCUACGCACUAAGGGGCCAUGCGCACCAAAUGUAAAAUCAACUCUCCCCAACUCAAAGCUACUCACCAACCUGGAAUCACACAACAGCCUGCCCCGUCUGCAGGGCCACUGGAGAGACAUCUGCCAAGUGGAGAGGUCUGAGCACUUCAAAGGCGAGAUUGCUUUAUUUGUGCGCGAGAAGUCAAUUCCAUCCCCCACUGAGCAACCACGGUCCAAAAAGACAUCAUCCAGGGAUGGACCUCGGAGAAGAGAAACCUUAAAAACAGGAGAUCUGCCCCCGCCACCUGAACCCCCUCCGGCAGAAGGCACUAAGGUGGACCUGGCAGCCAUGUCGAAGACCAGAACACAGCCACCUGGCCAAGAACGGAGGGCAGAUCUGAAAACACAGAACCGGUGGAGCACAGAAGAGGAGGAGCUUAUCCAUUACAGUGUGAACAUGCAGUCCAGGAGUCAGUGUUCUCCUCCUGCAACUUCCAGCUCUUGCUCUCGUCCUCACACAGCUUCCCACACCAGGAGGAAAAAAGAGAACGCGAUGUGAGUGGAAGAUGACGACGGCGAUGAUGAAUUUCUACUCGGUGUCCUACUGUGCCAAAUAAACCUUUAUUGCAAAUGAUGUCCAGUAGAACACAAGAGCCAUACAAGUCUAUGUGAUUUCCAUCCACCUCCUUAAGCUAUUUAUUUAUUUAUUUAUUUAUUUAAGUAUAAUUAUUUUCUUAUUCAUUUAUUUGUUUUUUAUUUCUAUGCUGUUGAAACCUUUAUUUUAUGCAUCUAAUAUUUUGGACUAUGCUUUGUGUGACUGAUCAACAAACGAUUUUGGCCAGACAAAAAUAUUUCUGAAUGUAAUUUUUUUAUUUACCUCGAUACCUCGAUGUUUACAUUUAAUUCCACGCUGUUUAUCUUGUGUAACACUAGAGUCUCUGCGUCUAAACCCAUAACAGUUUUUUUUAUGGUAGAAUAGUAGAGCAGUUUAUGAUCCAGCAUCUCUGCUUCAAAUCCGUCCACACUGCAAAACUGUCAUGCGCUCCGGAGAGAUGAGUCUCGCCUGCUAAGCUGCGCUGCUGACAUACACAUAACAUAACCAGGCUGUGCAAGCUAAUGUUAGAAAAGUGCUAAUGUUACACACACUGAAUGGAAGUAAG